UCAUGAUCAGAGCUGCCACCAUGGAGAUUCCCAUCAACAGUAACGGAGACACGGAGUCAACGGAGGAACUGGAGCAGGCGGCUAAGCUGCAGUGGAGUUUAGAUGAGAGAGUAGGAAACUCCAGAGACUCCAGGGAUCUGCAGCAGGUGAUGGUUUCUGGUCCGAACCUCAACGACAGCAGCGUCGUCUCCGGGGGUUACGGGGGAGUGGAGGGAAUCAUCAGCACCGGAUCCAUCGCAGGUCCCAGCAUGCACCACAGCGGCAGCAGCUCAUCGGUGACGUCGGAGCAGCCGAGCCGCGGCGUCGCCGUAGAGAAGCUGGAGACGGUGAAGCAGUGGGGCCUCAACACCUACAAGUGUACGAAGCAGCUGCUGUCGGAGCGUUUCGGCGGCGGUUCUCGCACCGUGGACCCGGAGCUGGAGUCCCAGAUCCAGGCCCUGCGGGACACCAGGAGGAAGUACGAGAACCUGCUGCGGCUAGCGCGGGCGCUAACCAACCACUUCUACAACCUGGUGCAGACGCAGCACAACCUGGGAGACGCCUUCGCCGAGCUCAGCCAGAAGUCGCCGGAGCUGCGGGACGAGUUCGGCGUCAAUGCGGAGACGCAGAAGCUGCUCUGCAGGAACGGAGAGACGCUGCUGGGAGACGUCAACUACUUCCUGUCCAGCGUCAACACGUUGGUGAACAAAACCAUGGAGGACACGCUAGCUACAAUCAGGAGCUACGAGAACGCUAGACUGGAGUUUGACGCCUACCGGUCCGACCUGGAGGUGUUGAGUCUCGGUCCCAGGGACGCGGUUGCCAUGACGCCCAGGGACGGCGUUGCCAUGGCGCCCAGGGACGCGGUUGCCAUGGCUCCCAGGGACCCGGUUGCCAUGGCGCGUAUGGACGCCGCCCAGCAGCAGUUCCAGGUCCACAAGGAGAAGUACGAGCGUCUUCGCUCCGACGUCAUCGUCAAGCUCAAGUUCCUGGAGGAGAACAAGGUGAAGGUGAUGCACAAGCAGCUCCUCCUUUUCCACAACGCCGUCUCCUCCUACUUCGCCGGGAACCAGCAGCAACUGCAGGAAACGAUGGCGCAGUUCAACGUCCGGCUGAGGCCCCCGGGGGGGCCCGGGGGGGCCGGGGGGGGCCCGUCCUGGCUGGAGGAGCAGUGA